CACGACCGAUGCCUCCUUUCCUUCUCCCCAACCACUAACGAUGACACUCGUUAACGACAGCUCAUCGGAGCUCGCAUUCACUUGCACCAUGUCUUUCCAGAAUGUCGUCGCAUUUUCUACUCAUAGCCCCAACGGAGGGGUCCGAUUUGUUUGAACCACGAGAUACGUAUCGGUGUAGAGGCAAGAUAGCUGCACACCGGUUAGAUCGAUAGAUCAUACUCGAAGAAAGACUUUGAAGGAUUGUGACAAUUGAUACAAACUUCUCGCUCUGUCACAGGAAAGAGCUCAGAACCCGAACGGGUUGGAACACACAUUAACCUGAAAGUUCAUAGAAAAUCCAACCCCAAAUUUACCCUACGCCCGCUUUCAAGAUGCUGUUCGAAGACCUCGCAACCGAACUGGUCGUGCAGGUGUUCUUAUCAUGCCGCUCUGUCACCGACGUAACAGCUCUAUCUUCUACCUGUCGUCGUUUCCGCAACAUCUUUGCCUCGUCUCAAAAGCUUCUCAUCCUCGAAAAUGCCGCCGAAACGCAAUUCGGACCUCUGGAAGACCUUACCCAGCUUCUCACUCAUAAUGCCAGCCAGCCUGCGCACAUUGUUCGGACCGUUCCGUUCUCUCUAGCGCUGCUUAAGCAGAUUGUGCAUCAUGGGCGUGUAGCUGAGAAGUGGUGCGACAUAUACCCGUUCAAGAAGUGGAAGCACAACUAUGAACUACGCCGACUCUUGACCACGGAGGAGCGCUAUGUUGUAAGAAGGGCCAUAUACAGGAUUUGGCUUUAUUCACGCGCCUUUCACAAUCGCGAACACCCACGCGAAUUCCGUGCAACAAGGCUCGUUCUACUCAAGCGUGCGGCACUCCUACACAACUGGAGUACCUGGGAACUAGCCGAGAUCGCCGACGUCCAUCGCGUCAUACGGGAAGUCGUACAGAGCAACGUCUGCCCAUCUAACGGCACCAUUGCGCGGAAGUUCAAGAAAAGGCAUCCUGGCAACGAGCACUCUCUGCUAUUCAACAAUAUCCACCUCAACUACCCACCCACAGCCCCCCAAGUUUUCAAUCCCUUCACGCCUAAUCCCCUCUCCACGCACUUUAACAACACACCAACCUACACCUCGCGCUACGCGGCAUCGAAGUUCUCUCUCCACCCAUCCCACGAAGUCGGCGCUGAAGGCUGGGGUGACGAUAUCCCCCAUUACUACGUUAUCGAGGAUCACAUGAAGCUCGAUCCCGCUCAAAUAUUGUACUUGAAGGAACAUGCACCACUAAAGGGCAUGGUGGAGGGUUAUGUGAGGAGCUUGUGUCCGGAGUAUGAUUGGUUCACCAAUAAUGGGGAGACGUGGGUGCAGACGUUGGAGUUUGUGCUCGAUGAGCGUGGAGAGGAUGUUGGAGAUUUCAUGGGGGCUAUUGCGGAGGGUGAGGCUGGUGUUGCCGUCAUCGAAGUGUAGUUUCCAGGCAUUUGGUGAUUGAUGAAGAAACGGACAGUGUACCUUCGGAUCUCACACCGUCGCACGGUAUGGCUUAGGCUGAAUAGUGUACGGAGAUGUAACGAAACUUAGCCAGAGGCAAGUGACUAUUACCCUUGUGUAUCCCACUGGUUCUAUCUUGAUUUGGAGGUAUUCCAGAGUCUCUAGGUAACUGACUAGUGCAUACACAUCCAACUUGGUGGCCUCAUUCUGCGCUAUCAGGCGGGUAGCCGUCAACGUCAGUCUCCUACAGUGCCGGGCGGCAAAGUAAUAAAGAAAGCUAGAUUGUCGCCUAAGCCUGUACGCUUGUACCUAGGAUUGUGGCUUAGCAACGAAAUAGGCGACGUUUCUUGGAUGAAAGAAGACAGAUAAGCCGAUCUUUGCAGCAAGCCGCACAACUAUUCGGGCCUUAGUAUUUGCAACCUGCCUGAUUCUGUGCCGGUGAAGCAGACCUUGGAAGUCUUGC